AAAUAGACUCCGAUCAUAAAGAGGCCCUCUGUUUGAAACCUCACCGCUUUCAGCCUCAAGUUUCCUCGUGUUCGGAGCAUGUAGCUACAAAGCGUAUUCUUCGGACGUCCUUAUAAAGGUUUUGUUUGUCACUCCAACAAUGAGUUCCUCCCUUUCUUCGUUCUCUCCUUCCUCCUGUGGAUCCAGAUUCCUGACACUUUAUCCAUGGGUGCUGCUGCGCUCACAUACGGUGCCGAUGCACAUAUCCGGCAGUCGGCAUCUUCAAUAACCUUUGCCACCCCGUCAACGUUGAAGCAGGUACAUCUUGAAACGGAUCCACGUUUCGCGUUCGCGCGUGUAAAGGGCGACAUAUGUCUCGUUCAAUUGCAUCCAAUCCAAUCCGAGACAUCACAAGAAUCCCUAGCGAUUCUCGUUUUUCGGCACGAGUUUGUGUCCAUCUUCCGGUAUUCGCAUGACCUAUGCGUGUCACCCGAAGACAUCCGUGUUCUCGAGCUUCUUGACGAAGACCGGAUACGCUAUGAGGAAGACAAUGGCACUGUCUUCCUAGCAAAGGACCUCAUGGCUCAACUUCGAAGGAUAAUUGAUGCGAGUAAUAUGAUAAGAUUGCAGAGGGGAAGGCAGGGGUAUAGAAGACGGUCAAAUUAGGGUGUCACAGGUGACAGGGGAUAUUCAUCGUUUGAACAAUUCAUAUCAUAUGUAAGUAUACUCUCAUAUUUAUGGGCUGGUUAGCUAUUUCUUGUAAUACCCUAUGUAGCAUCAUGGCAAUUGUACUCGCAUCGGUGACAGACGCAUUGUAUCUCAUCUCGAUAGUAUGUUGGACUCUCGCUGAUUCUGUAAGAUUGCGAAGCCUUUCCGACGCCACAACACGGCUAUCCACGCGCUGGACUUGUCCCCAUGCAUCUUCGGUAUCGAUCGUCAAAUCAACUAUGCGGAGCGGGUCGGCUGCAAGCCCUACAAGCCGAUUG